AUGAUUUCUGGAAGUGAUAGUCGUGUCAGAUUUUCGAGGCUGGCACGGUCUCCGCCCCCGCCAACGGCAGCUGGCUCUGUUGGGCCCGCAGGACUGAGCGUGAGUGAUCCAGGCGCUCAGUCCGUAGCGCCUGAUGUAUCUGUGGUUCCCUCGUCACGGAGUGCUCGAGGUACAAAGCACAAUGACAAUCCAGAUGGCCAACCAGUUGAUUUCGCUGCCCGAUCCUACGGGGGAAUUUCAGCAGGGCUAAGCACAGCCGCGACACUUGCCCCAGCGCCCGCAACAGCGGACUCUUUCAUUGAAGAAGGGACUCCCAUAUCUGCUUCUUCAGCAGACCAGCCGGUGGAUCCCAUUCCGUUAGCAGUCAUUGCAUCCGGCGGAGAAGACGUGGAAAACCGCGAUGGCGCAUUCGAGGCACGGGUGACUCUGCCGGAGUCUGCGUUGUUGACAGACACAAGAGCGACCUAUCGUUUCUCCGACUUCAGAGGGGGGGGCUUUCCUUCCGUGGCAUCGGCGUUGGCAGCGGCAGGUGGCCAUUUGGCGUCGUAUCCGCGCUUGUCUGAUCGUGAAGAAUGCCUUCUGGCCCCGGGAAGCUUCAGCUUUUCUCUUCAGCAGGUUCUCGCCGCUGCCGCCCUCGCUGCGGUGACGCUGAAGUAUGUAUUCAGAGAGAAGCCGAAGCGACCUCUAGCGACGUUUUGCUUUGACUUUGCAAAACUUGUCGUUGGGGCCAUUCUGUCGCAACUCAUGGUUUUUCGUUUCUCCACUAUCGUCUCUCACUUCCAUUUGACAUGGAUUCACGAAGAAGUGGACGCCUGCGAUUGGUACUUCGUCAGCCAGAUCGCUGACUCCAGUCUUGGCAUUUGGGCGGUCGUCAAGAUGCUCCGGGCAAGCGAGUAUAGAUUCGCGUAUGAAUCCGGGCAGUACAGUUAUAGGCCUGGGGGGAGACCAGCAUUCAAGCUCUUUCUUGGCCAACUUUUCGUGUUCAUCUGGAUAAUCCUCGUGGGAAAAUUGCUCAUGCUCGUAAUGCUCGGUAUUCUGUCAAAGCCUCUUUCUGCUGCGGCGUACGCUGUGUUGUCUCCACUUCACCACGGGGACGCCGACCACAGAUUUUUCAUCAUCAUGGUCAUAGUCCCCGUUGUAACCAACCUCUUUCAGUAUACCACUAUCGACUCGAUCAUCAAAUAUAGAAGAAAGCAUCUCACGAAGGAGGAACGAGCCAUUUGCGAGCUGUACACCCACUCACAUAGUGCAGGAGCUGUCAUGGCUUCUGACGACCUUUAA